AUGCGUUCUCUCUCACAUCGGUUCCGCAAAAUCAAGAGCACUGGAACGUCUACGUUUAAGACGGUUUUACAAUCACAUUCACAGUUGGAUAAUCCCCAUACUCAAAACAUUGGACAGGCGGAUACCCCGCAUGUCGACGAAGUUACGGAGAAGAUAUCCGAUGAGAUCAAUCUGGUCAUCCACAACCGCGUCGAGGAAAUGGGCGAUCGUUUGCAGCUUGAAAGUCACGAACGAGUGUUUCUUCGCAAUCAGCUUCUGCUGUUCUCUCAUCGGACGUAUCUCUGGGUUACUCUGAUAUUUGACGUGAUUGAGAACAGCAUCAGCUACACGAAUGCGAGAGUACAGGAGAUCAUCCACACACUCCCAAGGACAGUCGACGAAGCGUACGAGAAUAUCCUGGCUCGGAGUCCCGACCAGGAGAAAGCCAAAAGACUGCUCCAUAUUGUUGUGUCUGCUGUCAGGCCCAUGACACUCAAAGAAAUGAGGAUUGCCCUUGCAAUACGCCCAACUGACCGCACAUACGAGGAUCUCGAUCUCGAAUCGGAGACACGGUUUCCCACCGUGGUGAGAAAUCUGUGCGGGCUUUUCGUGACAGUCAUCGAUUCAAAAAUAUAUCUGUUGCAUCAGACCGCAAAGGAAUUUUUGGUGAAGAAGGCAGAGGCAGGAGAUACAUUAACACCACGGACGGAGCCCAGAUCCUCAACAAAUUAUUCGACUGUCGAGAAUCGGCCACAUAGUGAUAUCGCAUUCUCCCACUGGAAGCAUUCUUUGGUCCCAACCGAGUCAAACAGUAUCUUAAAUGAGAUAUGCAUCGCAUAUCUCUUGUUUGAAGACUUUGAGUCCUGCUCGAACCCGAAGCAGGAUAUCGGGAAAUAUACUCAAGAACAUGUUUUCUUAGAAUACGCGGCCAAGAACUGGGCCGAACACUUCCGUAAGGCGGCGAGCGAAAGGCAGUCGGCGACUUUAGAAUCAGUGAUUGAAGUGUGCAGGGUAGGUUCCUGGCGGUUCAACAUGUGGUUUUCUAUAUACCGCGGAAACAAGCGUUAUCUCCCGCGGGAUUGGGAAGAGUCUCACUUCUGCGACCUUUUGUUGGCAUCAUAUUUUGGCCUAGACUUAAGAGUCAAGGCUAUAAUAGACGCUACUGGUCUAGACACCACUGGUCAAGGCUCGAGUGACAAGGAAUCGCACUUUUGUAGGUCUGCUCUGACAUUGGCAGCUCAAGGUGGACACGAGCGAGUUGUGAAUCUACUCCUAGAUGCGGGGGUCGGUGGUGAACCCUCUGGCAUCAAUGGUGGGUCGUAUGAGCCUCUGGUGAAUGCUGCUAAGAAUGGCCAUGUCCGGGUAGUGGAGAUCCUUCUGAGCCGGGAAAAGGCUUUCCUAGAUACAGAAUGCCUUUCAAAAUCUAGGGCACUCUGCAAGGCAGCAGAAAAUGGCCACGAGGCAGUUGUGAAGCUUCUGCUAGCCUCCGGAGCUAAUGCGGAAGGUGAUUCCCGGUAUGGAUCACCGCUCUUAUCAGCCGCCGAACUUGGCCAUGUGGGGAUCGUGAGGCUCCUGCUGAAACAAGAAGGCAUUGACCCGACACGGCAGAAUGCAAAGGGCAACACACCACUUAUUCUGGCUGCAACAGGCGGUCACGAUACGCUAGUUAAACUUCUUCUCUGCGUCGAUGGAGUUGACCCAAAUUGCCGGAAUCGUGCCGGCUAUUCGCCUCUGUCCCUGGCUGCAAUGGGAGGCCACACAGAAGUGGCCAAGCUUUUGAUUGCAACAAACGCUGUCCAACUUGACAUGAGAGACUCCGAGCAGCGAACCCCACUGGUCUCGUCUCUCGGAGCAGGGCACGAUUCAAUAUGCAAGCUCCUCCUCAACAGUGGCGCACAAGAUGUUGGAUGGGACGAUAUCCAUCCAGGUGGGCGCACCGCAUUGUCAAUCGCCGCUGAGCUCAGUAACGAGGCUAUAUUCGAUCUCCUCUUAGGUACGGGAAAGGUGAACCCGAAUUCCAAGUCCACAUCCAAUCGUACGCCGCUUUCAUAUGCCAGUGAGAGUGGAGCCACUGAAAUUGUAAGGCGGCUUUUAACUACAGAAGGCGUGGAACCUGACCUCGCCGACACCAAUUAUGGGCGAACACCGCUCUCAUGGGCGGCAGCCAAAGGUCAUUUCGAGGUGGUUCAGUUGUUGCUGGACUCAACUGGGGUUGAUGUGAGCUCUCGUGAUUUCACUUAUGGACGCACGCCGCGCGAAUGGGCCCUUGCGCAGAAGCAUUCAGAUGUUGCUCAUAUAAUCCGACAGAAAGAGAUGCGAGAAGCGCCGGACGAUGUAUCUGAGGAAAUGAUGUCUCCUGGGUGUGAUGUCGAUGAUGAUGUCGUUUUGCAGUCCACGCUGCCAGGGCCCGAGCGGGCUUUGGUGUUACAGGGAGAGGGGCACAGAGAUGGUAAGGUGCAUGUUGUGAAGGUAUGA